UGAAAUCGAGGUCGGCCGUGACAUAAGUGGAACGCCUAAAAGAGCGCCCUCAACGAAUUUGUCACAAGGUCUAGACUUGGUAUCAAGCCAUCAAUGAUAAAGUUUAGGGAAUGAAGUCUGACUUCGGUGUUGUAUUGCGUGAUUGGGCCAGACUUGAAAUAAGUCUCGAAAUUGAAUUUUCUUCUUGAAUUGGGUCAAAGAGUAACAAAGGAGUCCACAUGAAAUAAGUCUCGAAAUUGUCUUUUGAUAUAGUUGGCAAAGUGGACCAAAAACUCUCACUUCUGUACUGUUAAUUGGUCGAAACACUGAGUAGAUAGCAAAAAUGGCGGGAAAAGUUUCAGUCCUUAUCGUCUGCUACUUUCUGCUGUCCACUAAGGACCUUCUGACUGUUGCUCAAGUACAAACCCUUGAUCAGUUUUCACACGCCGUUGGGAUUCGUGGGCAGGGCGUUCAGCUCUUUUGCCGCGUGACAAACCAGGGCAUGUACGGUGUUUACUGGGUCGCGGAGAGAGUUGAAGACGGAUUGGUGUUGGGCUUGGGGACAUCGGAUUACGUCAAACAGCCGAGAUUUGAACUUAAUGUUGACAUCUCCCUCGGGUUUUAUAAUCUGACUAUUAGUGACUUGAUGCCAUCUGAUGCUGGUAGAUACGAAUGUGUGAUGUCGAAUGGAGUGGACACCGUGAACGGGCUGCUUGGGAUGUUGGAGGUUGUGGAGGUUGUUGCGCCUCCGGAGGGGCCGUCUUGUCUCGCGGGAUACCGCGAGCCUUUGUCGGAAGGAGAUGAAAUUCGGCUGAGCUGCGUAAGUGGAAGCGGUGGGAGACCGGAAUCCCAGCUCGCGUGGUACAGACAUGAUGACAAGAUCAGUGCCGGCAUGGGGCCGAUUUUUACCGUGAUUUUACGGGCUGCACCGGCGGACGACGGCUCCGUUUUUGCCUGCCAGGAGAACCAUCUAGCGCUGGAAGGAACACGGUCGUGCACCGUAGGCCCUCUUGUAGUACUCCACGCGCCUGUGGUGACAAUUUUACCCUCCAACCCUCAAGCCAGUCUCGGCGACUCUGUAACUCUUAACUCUGUAACUGUAACCCCUAUGGCUAAUUCCUCCUCAAACUCGUUCGAAUCAAGGUUCACCAUUGAUGACGAGGAGGACCUGAGUGGACACCUACCGUCACGUCUUAUCAUCUCAGACGUCGGGGAACUAGACUACGGUCUCCAGAUAACCUGCAUAGCCCAGAGUCCCAAUUCCUCCAGAAAUGCCUCAGUGACCAUCCGACCACCAGAUCCGAACCCACCCCUCAAUCCAGACGGAGGAACUGAUGGCAUAGCGAGUGACCCUCUACUUCUCCUCGCUGUCGUCGGUUCAGCACUCGGCGGACUGAUCGUCUUCGGCAUCCUCUGCCUGCUUGCCCCGCAUCUGGGCUGUCUCGUGUGCGAAUCCUGCCGCCGGAGACGCCGGCAGAACCAACGCAAGGCGCAGCUGGAACUCGACCGCAAACGGAGCCGGAAGGCCCGGAAACUCGAGCUUUCGACACGGCGCAAGGCAGGGUCGACCGCGUACUACGCCAACACCGCGUUUGAUAACUACGAGAUACCGCGGAAGACCAAUUCGAGGAGAGAGAAGGCGGGGAAGCCGCAGUCCAUUUCGUCAAAGAGUACGGCAAGCUGUUCCAAGCUCAGCAAUUGCGUGGUCGAAGUUGACAACACCAUCACCAGUAACUGAACGAUACUCUAAACUCAAUUUGUUAAAUUGUUGAUGAUUCAGAAUGGUACGAAACAAAUAAAGAACCCAAAAAUCUGAUUGCUCAAGUACUUAAAAGAUGUUGUUUUUUUUCGUAAUUUCUAAAAUUUCACGCAAUUUCCUUUGGUCUCCUAUCCAAAAUUGUAAGUUAGAAUGUAAUUGACCAUAUUGCCAACAAUGAUGAUAUUUUCAACAAAGCUCCAAUAAAUACUCACGUCUUUGCAUCGUGAUUUUUAGUGAUUUUACUUUAGUACUUCCAAUUAACUCUGUCGUUUAUUAGCUUAUUAAAACAAAAUUUGAAACGUUUGAUAGUCUUGUAUGAAACGUAAUAAAUGUUUAAAUUUUAAAGAUUUGUUCUUAUGAUUGAGGUGUUGCCGCCUCACAUGGGGGAAUGUGGCCUACACCUUUUCCCGAUUCCUCGGUUUAAAUAUUUGCCUAAAAAAUUAUUAGGUGUUCCUUCUUUACCUUAAAGCACAGUUACCACUGAGAUCUCAUUUUCAUGUCGAAUAUGGCGGCAAGUUUGUGCACUAGAAACCAUCGUGUCAUUAAAGGGUACGUGGUGUCUUAGAUUAGAUUAGAUUAGAUUAGAUUUCUUUAUUGCCAUGCUCAAAAUUACAUGAAACUUCAUUUCCCAGUGUACAAUUAAAAAUAUGUGUACAUCCAAUAAUUUAAAAAAUAAACAAAACAUGACAAGACCAAAAUAUAUCAUAACAUGUACAUAUACAAAACACAGUUACUACUAUACAAUCAUAAAAACUCUAGGAGCAGUAAAGUAGUAUAUCAAAAAGACUCAAAUGUGAACAAAACAAGAGAAAAAUCGAUUUCCUUAUAAAAUGAAAAGAAAGAGUACCUACAUGUCGAUAAUUUUAUUAGAAUGAGAUGAUCACAAAUUUAUUGGAGCAUAUACAUUAAAAUAUGACAAGAUAAAUAGCGAACAAGGCUAAGGCGUAUUUAUUUAAAAGGAAUUGCUUGAAGGUUUUGUUUUAAUAUGAUAUCAGGUUUGGUAUUGUGGGCACUGUACAUACUGUUUAAUCAAUGAUUUACUAUAGUCAACAAAGUAUACCUUCACAUAAUAAUGAAAGUUGAGCAACAUUUCCUCGUCUGGCGAUACAAAGAAGCAGUGACGUCAUGUUUCAAUCACCAUGUGAAAAAAAAUCCGCUCAUUGUGUCAUUCUCGUUUCUCAAACAAACUUCCCCUUCUCUGCUGCAAUUUUGACUGUGAAUGUUUGUGUGUAUGUACGUGGCCUCAUUUUUAGGAAAAUUGUGUAGCACAGCACCACACGGAAGUGGACACAGUUUAAGGAAUCAUCGGAAAGGGACGCGCGUGAGUCUGCUGCAAAACUGAGGAAUAAAUAUUGACUGUGUCGACAUCAUUGGAAGAACUGGUGGUGCAUGUAUCUUAGUCAAACAAUCUUUUGUAGACUCUUUAGGACAGCAUACAUACUUCUCAAAUUUGGUUUUACAUGGAGACUUUGUGAUGUGGUACCCAUUCAGGCUGAUCAGGGCCCGGAAGAAGUUUGUUCACGUCAGAGCAGACCGAUUUUGACUUCAGUUGUUGUUUUGGUAGUGCCGAAACUUCCCAGCUCGUAAGCAUCUCUUUUUAACUGAUUGGGUAUCUCCAUAUCUCUCCGAGUUACAUCAUCGACUGGUAAUCCUUUGGAUUUCAAGGAAAGAGACUUUGGACCUUUUCCGGGAGUGGUGGGAUUAAUUUGCAGUGCAGGUUGUGCGUUACAGGAACGAAUGGAAACAUCUGCCUGCUCAUCUAGUGUGGUUACAUCUUGCAAACGUCAGUCAAAUACGGAGAAAAAUACAAGUCUGUAAACUGACCAAAC